CCCACAUGUACAAGUAGUCCAUAACCUCACCACGUUUCUUUUAGAAUCUGAAAAGUCUAGGGUCUAUAAACCUCGAGGCCUCUCUUCUUUUUCGAGGCUAUGGUCCUACUGCUCCGAUCGGCAAGAUUUGCUUGUACAGCCACGACACGACCGAGACCAAGGCCAUCCUUUCGAUCAACACCUCGCACUUUUGUCGUUAGUGCUCAUCGCCUCUGGUCUUCGCAGAAACUCUCCCCGCCGUCACCCAUCCUGACCAAAAUGGCCAACGACCACAUCCUCACGCUGUCCUGUUCGGACAAACCGGGCAUCAUCCACGCGGUGACGGGCAUCUUUGCCCAAAACAGCCUGAACAUCUUGGACCUGCAACAAUUCAGUGACCGCGACUCGGAGAGAUUCUUCAUGAGGGUACACUUUGGCCCCGCGGAGACGACGGACCACCUCACGCGGGAAUUCGACGCCCUCUCCACGACCUUCAGCGAAAUGGACUAUGCCUUGAGGCCGGUCUCGCAGAAGCCCCAGGUCCUCAUCAUGGUUUCCAAGAUCGGCCACUGCCUCAACGACCUCCUGUUUCGACAAAAGACGGGCCAACUACCCAUCGACGUCCCCCUGAUCGUUUCCAACCACCCGGACUUUGAACCCCUGGCGAAGUCCUACGGCGUCGCUUUCCACCACCUCCCCGUGACCAAGGACACCAAGCAGCGACAGGAGUCCCAGAUCCUCGACCUCAUCCACGCCCACAACAUCGACCUCGUCGUGUUGGCCCGGUACAUGCAGGUCCUCUCCCCGAAGCUCUGCGAGGUCAUGUCCGGCAAGAUCGUCAACAUCCACCACAGCUUCCUGCCGUCCUUCAAGGGCGCCAAGCCCUACCACCAGGCCUACGACCGCGGGGUCAAGAUCAUCGGAGCCACCGCCCACUUCGUCACCGCCGACCUCGACGAGGGCCCCAUCAUCGAGCAGCGAGUCGCCCGCGUCGACCACAGCAUGACACCCAAAGAACUCGUCGACGAGGGGAGCAACGUUGAAUCCCAGGUCUUGGCCGCCGCCGUCAAAUGGGUGGCGGAACAGAGGGUCUUUCUCAAUGGGCACAAGACGGUGGUCUUUAAUUGA